AUGCCUCCUAGCGUACCGCGCAAAAGGCUGCGCGAUGAGUCGCCCCAUCCAAGCGAGUCAAAACGAAGGCAAGUGGCCAAGACUGCAGCCGCACCGCCUCCGUCGUCGACCGGUCGUAAGCGCAAGGCAACUCUAUACGAUGACCUCGAUGCCUCGGCUGCCUCAGUUGCCAAAUCCAGCAAGACAUUUCUGGAGACCCUCGACGACAGUGAGGAUUGUAGCUCCUUGAGCGACCUUUCGGACGGAGACUUUGAGGAAGUUCCAAUUGCGAAACGACAUGUGACCGUGGGCUCUGGCGAUGACGACGAGGAUGAUGAUAACGAAGACAUUGAGUUUGAGGACGUUCCGGCGCCGAGAACAUCAAUGCUCGACACUUCGGUCGGCACCGGUGACCUGGAACUGACCCUGCACCGCGACACCCGGAUCUCCCUGACCAACCCGUUUGGCGACAAGAAGGGCCCUUCGAAGAUCGAAAGGAAGGUUCGCACAGCAACCCAUUGUGUGCACGUGCAGCAUCUUCUCUGGCACAAUGCCAUUCGAAAUGCUUGGCUCUGUGAUCAUGAGGUGCAGGCUACCUUGAUGUCGCACAUCCCGCCCCGGCUCUUCGACGAGGUCGAACGUUGGAGGACCGCUAGUGGACUGGACGGGAAGCCCAUGAAAGCAUCGGAAACGAAACCUAAAGCCAAGCCAAAGCGGCGCACAAAGGUCCAUAAGGCCGACGAAGAAGAUUCCCGAGACUGGGGGCCAGCCGCCGACCGUUUGGAAGAAGGUGCCGUUGACAUGAGCCACGGCGAUCCCCUGUUUCGACUGAUGAAGAGUUUAAGCUCCUGGUGGAAGCAGCGUUUCCAGAUCACCGCGCCCGGUAUUCGCAAGUUGGGCUAUAUGUCUCUUGAGCGUCUCGACAGGCUGACCAAAGACAUUCUGCGCGCUCUAGGCCUUGAGGCUCGGAUGGUUGCUAAUCUACAACCCUUGGGCUUUGGCUGGAAAAAGGCAGAAGAUGCCGAUGCAGAGAAGGACACGAGUACAUUGGCAGCCGUGCAGCGGAGCAAGUUGGCUACAGAGGGCGACUCGCCUUUGAAGAAGAACCUCGGCGUCAAGAAAUCGACACAGCAGACGAAAAGCAAACCGCCAGCAAAAACAACUAACGGGAGGUCGAUCCGACGGAAGAGCGUUAAAGACGAGGCCCGGGAUUCCGAUGAGCCUGACACACUGAUAUCAGUCGUUCCAGACAGCGAUGAAGACUCUGUUGUCGAGCUCGACGUGGCGCCGAGCAAGCCCGCCAGCACCAAGAAAUUCGACCAGGACCUCGAAUAUCCUCAUUACUGGACUGAGGUGUUAUCGCCAGUCAGCAAGAUGUACCUGCCGGUCGACGCAAUUGUGAAGAAAGUCAUUGCAACGAACCGCGAGCUUAUAGAAUCGCUGGAGCCAAGGGGCAGCAAAGCCGACAAAGCGCGACAAGUCAUGGCCUAUGUCGUUGGCUAUUCCCAAGACGGCACAGCCAAGGAUGUCACGGUCAGGUACCUCAAGCGACAGACUUUACCUGGCAGAACCAAAGGAAUGAGGAUGCCAUUAGAAAAGAUACCUGUUCACGAUAAGAGGGGGAAAAUAAAGAGAUACAACCAGUUUGACUGGUUCAAGUCCGCACUCCAAGGCUUUGUUCGGGGAAGCCGGAAGUAUCCCAUCACGGAAGUGGACGAAAAGGAAGACUCAACCGACCUGAAGCCGGCCAAGCCUGAGAAGAAGGAGGUGAAAGAAGGCGAGGAAACGCUACAGUAUUAUAAACAGUCCACGGAAUUCUGUCUCGAGCGGCACUUGAAGCGCGAGGAGGCGCUUCUCCCUACUGCGGAAGCGGUCAAAAUGUUCCGAAACAAGGGUAAGGCCAAGGAUAAGACGAAGGAUAAAGCUGAAGACGGCGCCGAAGAGCCAGUCUAUGCCAGAAAGGAUGUUGUCAAUGUCAAGAGUGCAGAGACGUGGCACAAGCAGGGACGGGCGCCACGAGCAGGUGAACUACCACUAAAGAAGGUGCCGUACCGUGCCGCGACAACAAAUAGGAGACGGGAGCUGGCUGAAGCCGAGGCUAUCAGUGGCCAAAAGGUGUUGCAGGGGCUUUACAGUUUCGACCAAACCGACUGGAUCAUACCUCCACCGAUCAAGGAUGGGAUCAUCCCGAAGAAUGACUAUGGCAACAUCGACCUGUUCGCAGAGCACAUGUGUCCGGAAGGAGCCGUCCAUAUUCCCUUUCGAGGGGUGGUCAAGGUGUGUAAGAGAUUGCAAAUCGACUUUGCUGAGGCUGUCGUGGACUUUGAGUUCGGCCACCGCAUGGCUGUACCUGUCAUACAAGGUGUUGUCGUGGCUGAGGAGCACCACGAUCAGGUGAUGGAAGAGCUCCGAAAGGACGAGGCGGAGAAGGCUCGUAAGGAAGAUGAGAAACGGCGCAAAGAAGCAUUGCGGCUUUGGAGCAAGUUUCUCAAAGGGCUACGAAUCGUGGAGCGAAUUCGACAAGACUAUGGACACGUGGAGGACGACGUUCAAAUUUUCGGCCGAAAAGUUGGGGGCGCUGGCGACGACGACCUGGACAAGGAGAUCGAUAGACCGGCUGGGUACGACGACGACCCGGAUAUGGCUGGCGGAUUUCUCCCCACUGAACAUGACGAUGACUUGGCCGGCGGUUUCCUGCCAGAUGGCCAAGACGCGGCGGAAAGUACGACUCAACCCCCAGCGAGAAAGGUCACCUCAAGCUUUUUCCCGCCUAUUGAUGACGAUGAAGAGGAAGGCCUGGAUGAUUUAAUUGUUGAUCACGGUGAAGACCGAGAUGGAACCUCAAGUAAGGCCGAUGCAGUCCAAAAGCUAUCCGAUCAAUCCGACAAUGUCGAACCUGAGAAGGCUGCUCAGUCUGACACGUUGCCUGCACCUAAGAACACACAACCUCGGCCUAAACGACGAGCAGCGCCACGGCGAUCCACAAGGCGCCGCCAAAGGGUCAUGGUGUCAGAAAGUGAGGAUGAAGAAGAAGAAGAAGAAGAAGAAGAAGAAGAUGACUUCGAGUCCAAGGGCUCGGACGAUGAUUACAAGUGA